AUGAGAAUGUAUGUUAUGUUUGUGCUAUUGAUGUAUGCAAUAGCAUUGAAUUUCGAGGCAUCUUUGAUGUCCCAUACAUUAGCUGAAGUAGAUGCUCUGGACACCUCACAAUUGAAUUGCCAAACUCCUAGAUCACAUUUUGAUGAGUUGGAGCAAACCUUGACUCAAUGGUAGAAUGUUUUGGAAAAUAAGGAGCGUAUCCCUUCACAUAUUGAAACAUUAACUGAAAUGAAACACUUAAUUAAACACAAGAAAUAUUAGUAGUUGGUGGAUAAGAUUAAAGACUUAGAUCUCAUAUCCCCACCUGUGCUUUCUGAAUUAUAAAACAAAUUACAAGGAUUGCAAUCUCAUGGUAACGACAUUUAUUUUAUUAUUAAGAUAAACAUGAAAGAGAAGAAUGCACAGAAACAUUAACUAAAUUGUGUGCUUAUCUAAUUAAAUAAAUGAAUAAUGUUCACUAAUAAUGCUAACAAUCACCAGUUACAGUCAUUAAGGUCAAAGGUAAGAUAGAGGAUCUCAAAAUUAUUCAAUCUGGAUGCUAAUAAGCAUGUUAGCCAACAUGCCCAGAUGAACCUGUACCAGAAGUUCCAUCAGAAGUUGCAAGCGAGGAAUUUAGUGAAGAGCCAGUCGAAGAAGGCGUUCCUCCAACAACUCCUGAUGAUGAACCCACUCCAGAUGAUGAACCAACACCAGAUGAUAAACCUACUCCUGAUUAACCUACUCCAGAUGACAAGCCAACACCAGAUGAACCCAUUGUUCCUCAAGAUGAAGAGGGUCCAACAGAUGAACCACCUGUUAAUCCAAGCACUGAAGAAUCGCCUGAAGUACCAACAGUGACAGAAGAGGGAACAGAAGAAUGGACUAUUCCAGGAGAAGAACCAGAACAACCAAUCCCAACACCAUCUGCACCUGACUAACCAGAGGAAGAUCAAGAAGAAUCAUCAAAUCCACCUGUUUCUCCUGAUCCUUUAGUAUUCCCAGAGGAAUAAGAAGAAUAAUUCGGUUUCGAAGAAACUCCCCUUCCACCUGUUUCUCCUGAUCCUUUAGUUUUACCAGAAGAAUAAGAAGAAUAAUUCAUUUUCGAAGAAACACCCCUUCCACCUGUUUCUCCUGAUGCUGUGCUAUUUCCAGAGGAAGAAGAAUAUUUUAAUUAUGAAGAAUCACCACUCCCACCUGUCAGUCCAAAUGUAGUAUUACCUGAAGAAGAAGAAGAAUAAUUCAAUUUUGAAGAAACCCAAUUUCGAAGAAUAUCUCCACUUCGUUCUCCAUUCUCAGAAGAACAUGAAGAAUUCGUUUUUGAAGAAUAACCUGAGGAAGAAGAAGGUCCACGGGUUUGCCAUACAUCUGAAUCUACAGAUAUAUUAGAAUUGGCAGCUACUUAACUUGACCCUGAAUUUACUAGCACACUUACAAUUAUAGGCCAUUAUGGUUUUGGUUUAUACUUCUAAAAAUUGUAAAAAUAUCCAGCCUUAGCUGAGGGCACUGAAUUCCAUUUAGCCAGUUUAUAAGAUAAUGGUAAUACAGUUUUGGGAGUAUUUGUAACUAAUACAGGUGUUAAAUGCGUUACUGUUGAUGGAACGACAUAUUAAUCUACAUCUGUAUCGAAUAAUGACUUUGAAGGUGAUUGGAGUUUUGUAUUCAUCAGUCAUGGUUAAGGAGUUACUGGAUGUGGAGUCAAAUUCUUUGAAGAAUAAACAGCAUUGAGAUAGACUCCUGCUUCCCAUCCAACAUACACUAGUUUAGACUUCAAGAUUGGUGGACCAUAAGAUUCUCAUCCAUCGUUCUAAGGAAAAGUAUAUGGACAUUAUGCAGUUUCAGCAUCAAAUCUACGCUUCACUAGUUAAAUAAAAUAUAAUUUACUUGUUUAUCCAUGCAAUAGUCCUCCUGAAGAAGAGGUUUGUGAAUAAGAGACUGAUGAAUUAGGAGAUUAUGAAUUUUAUGGAUUUGAGGAUACAUCUGAUGAAACAUUUGACUUUUCAACUUGGGAUGCUGGUUACUCUGUUUCUGGUUGGAUCAAAUGGGAACCAAUAGAAGAUUAAGAUAUUUGGCACACUGUCUUCAGAUUAUCUGAAAAUACAGAUGCUAAUUUGGAAGAGAUAUAAUUAGGAGACAGAGAUUUGGCUGUUUAUAUUGGUAAUUAUAUGGUUGGAAAUUAAUUUUAUUUUACUACUUACACAUAUUCAGGAUCUGGUAAUCCUAAUUUGUGGGACUCUCUCAGUUAUGGAGUAACCUUGGGUCAAUGGCAACAUAUUUACUUUGGAUAUAACAGAAAACUUAGAUUCGCUAGUUAUUGUGUUAAUCUCGUGAUUAUAGAGGAUCCAUUGGCUGCAUUGGUUGGAGCAAAUUAAAUUUAUGAUGCUCGCCAUUAUCUUGUACCUUGGAGGAGACUCUACAUUGGUAAUGAUGGUUUAUACCCUGCUUUCAGUGGACAAUUCUAUAAUUGGCGUGUCAAUCGUUGUAUUGGUUUUCCUGCUCGUGAUGUUGUAUAAACACCAGAUGACAUACCUUUUGGAUAUAAUCCUCUCCCUGAAGUUCCUGAAAGUCGUCGAAUUCCAUAAAUUGAAACAUUUGCAUCCCCUGAAGAAGAAUAACCAUAUUGGGGAGAAGAAGAAUAAGAAAGAGUUCCUGUUGCACCAGACGCUGUUCCAAAUGUUUUCCCUGAAGAGGAACAAUCAUAUUGGCCAGAAGAAGAAGAAGAGUUUGUUCCUCCUUAAACAUUUGCAUCCCCUGAGGAAGAACAACCAUAUUGGGGAGAAGAAGAAUAAGAAUACGUCCCUGUUCCGCCAUCUGAAUAGCCUCCUGUUAUUCCUGAUGAAAUUAAACCAGAACCAUUACCUGAGCCUGAACCUUAACCAGAGCCCCAACCAGAACCUGCACCUGCACCUAAACCAGCCCCAGGACCUGCUCCUACUUCUGAACCAUAAGUUCCAGCAGUCAAAGAGUAUUACAAAUUGUUUAUGUAAUUUUAGAUGUGAAGCUACAAUCGAUGUCACUAAAGAAAACGCUGCUGAUAUCUUAUGUGCUAUCUCAGAGUAUUUAGCAUAGAUAGCAUCUGGGCAUGUUCCUGAAUUAGGUAUCAAUCCAUCAAGAGUUUGCUUCUGUUUGAAAUAUGAUGAUAGUAAUUCUCAAUAUUAAUUAUUAUUAGGUGAUUCAAAUGAGUCAUUUAUGCAAGUUGAAGCCAUUCUUAAAGAAAAUGAUGCGCAUUCUAUAAAUAAAUUAGUGGGCUAAAGAACAAUUUGA